CUCUCAUGCCUUUGAGUAUACAUUUAUAAUGGAAGUUAAAUCACCUACUUUAACUGUUCCACAGAAUAUGUUCACUUGACUGUGAUGAGACAGAAUCUGACACCUUUGGAUUGGGAGCGAUUUCCUCCUGGAUGCCUGUAUUCAGGAAUUGUUUUAUUCUUCUUCUCUUUUCGCUUCGCUCCGCAAUCAAAUCAAAUUUGGAAAACCGUUGUUGGUAGGGUUAGAAUACAUUGUUUGUCAGUGAUUUAGUACAUAUAAUAUCCAUAUUUAUAUAUUAUAGUAGUUGAAGGAUAAGACACAUCUUUAUAAGGUUAUGCACAAAGCUGAGUCAAGAGCGUGGAUUUAGCCUAAUGAAGUGAACUGUUGAAACCAUGGAUAUUUACGAUUUAUUUUCAAAGUUUGAACUUGAUCUUUUACCACGAGACUGGGUUCAAAAUCUGUGGAAAGAUGAUUUUUCUGAAGCUGUGGAAUUUCCUACAGAGUACGAAAUGUUUUUGGAAAACACAGACAUCAGUGAACUCAUGACUACUGCCAGUAGUUAUAUUAGAGAGUGGCUGGAAUCAGCAGACAGCAGUUCUAACGCCAGCAGAAUGUCUGUGUCUGACAACAGAUCUAGUAUGAACUCAAGCGUGGUGGACUCCAAUUCCUGGCAGAAUCUCAUAUCGAACAAUGUGCAACACAAAGCUCUAGUCGCGAUGUUGAGCAUUUUCGUCCUAAGGGGAAAGACGGAGAAGCAGUUUGAAGUCAAGCGACUCGGGCUGAUAGCAACAGAUUUCUACCUUAUGUUGCUAGCAAUUCCUGGUAGUCAAGUGUUCCACAUAUUCAAUCCAAUUUUGUACUCGCAUGCUGUAGAAAAUUUGAAAAUCUGUAGCGUACUGACUGGAUCAUCAGGGAGUUCAAAACCAGCACCUAAGAAGCGUAGAGGAAAGCACCAGGACGAUGAUGAUUGUGAAGAUGAUGAAGAAGUACACAAUGAUUCUGAUGACGAGGGUGAGCUGGUACCCUCGGACAGAGCUAAGGUUGUUAAACUGUUAAACAAUGUUUUAACUGACUUAUCGUUUACACUAAAAAGGUUUCAGCUGAAAGGUCAGGAUGACUCUUUACUCAUCACUAUUCAGAUUUUGAUUCUCAUCACUAGGCUAGAACGCAACUCGUCAUCAAUAUUCUCUAAAUCACCACCUCAUAAUAGUCCCUCGUACCUUGCUUACAAAGCGUAUAAGAUUCUGAUGGACUUGGGUUGUCCAGAGCACGGAGAUGUGGAAGACACUGUAAGGUUUAUCAUGAGGGAGAUGAUGUCUGGUUUCCUCAUCUUUGAUCAGAAAGGGCUAAAGUUAACACCUAAAGAAGCUCUUGUCAUCAAAGAUCACUCGAUAAAUUUUGUGCGCAACUUGCUGAUUUACCUCAAAGAUUCUGCGUUCAACGGAGUGUACACACUAAUACAACACAUCAUAGUGAGGAUACCUGACAAGGCAGAUUUGAGAACCAAAGGAGUGCAAGUGGUUAUAGAGCUCCUAGAUGUCUUCCCGCAUUCUUUGUACUCCAAAACAGUAGUUUGGGUGAUGAGCGUGUGCCACAGUGAACAAGCAAAGUACAGGAUAACUGGGUUAGAAAUUGUCACUAAACUUUUAUAUGGGAAUGAAAGAACCCCUAGUUCACCUUUAAGGCCUUUCACCCCGUCUAAACGAAGUUCGAACAAAAGAAACGGAUCUGCAGAUGAUGAAGGUGAAGAAGAAGAGGAAGAAAAUAAUAUUUUAAACACAACAACCUGA